CUGUAUGUCUGGCUGUCUCUCUCUCUCUCUCUCUCUCUCUCUCUCUCUCUCUCUCUCUCUCUCAUGUGAUGUUUGUCAGUGUAACACUGCAGUCUUCAUAAGUUUUUCUGUACUAUAGAAAGUUCAGUUUCAAUUUCUCCAUCAAUAAUCAUUUUUUGCUUGCUUGUAUACUAGUAUAUCUAUGUCCUCAUGAUUUCCUGUUAACUUUAUGUGACAUCGUUUAACACCCACUACUUGGAUUCUCACAUCAAGUAUGCUUUCUUCUUGAAUCUUGGUUUUUCUUCCAUGAAAGAAGCAGAAAUGAGCAUACCCCACUUGUUCAGGUGCCCAAUUACUCUGGAUUUGUUCAAAGAUCCAGUGACUCUGUGCACAGGCCAAACCUAUGACAGAUCAAGCAUAGAAAAAUGGAUUUCAGCAGGUAAUCUCACAUGUCCUGUUACAAUGCAGAAGCUUAAUGAUCCAACUAUGGUUCCUAAUCACACUCUUCGUCAUUUGAUCGAUCAAUGGCUUCACAUGGGUCAACUGCAUUUUGAUUGUGAUUAUCUGAUAAAAAUUGAUUCUUUAGCUUCACUGAAACAGAACCUUGAUUCUCAUGAAGCUAAACUAGAAACCAAGCUUCAAUCCCUUGAAAUCAUUCAGGUAUUGACUGAAGAAUCGCCAUCACAGGUCCAUUCUUUGCUCCAUUUUGGAUUCUUAGAUUCACUACUGGAAUUACUCUUCACAAAAGUCGAAUCCGAGCUCUCUCAAGAAUAUACAAAGCUGGUAGAGCAGACACUUUGUUGUGUUAAAAGAAUGCUGCCCUUUUGUGAACUGGAGUCCCUAAAUAUGCUUAAAGAAAAGUCCAGACUGGAAUCUUUUUUAGCUUUGUUUGAGCAUGGUAGUGGCAUGAUCAAGAAGAGUUCUUGUCAACUUAUAGAGGCAAUAGCAUCAUCUUCAGAGACAAAAGAGCUCUGUGCUAUCCUUGGCCAAACAGAGAAACUAUUGCAAGGACUUGUUCUUCUGCUUCACCAAAACCGAGAGGAAUCCGAUUCUGGAAUCAAAGCCAUAUCAGCAUUGUGUUCUUUGGAACUGAAUAGACAGAAUUUGGUUAAAGAGGGUGUGGUAGAUGGACUCAUAGCAUACAUUUCAGAUGCCGAAAGACGCGAAAGAAGCUUGGCACCAAGAGCAAUGGCAACACUUGAGCUGCUUUUAGGACUAGAAAGUGCAAAAGAGGCAUUGAUCAGUAGCAAGGAUGGUAUUAGAAUGAUUGUGAAAAUGGUUUUCAAGGUAUCAGAUCAUGAAGGCAGUGAAAGUGCAGUGAAAUCGCUUACAAUCAUAUGUAAUGACUCAUUAAAAGCAAGAGAAGCAGCAAUGGCUGCUGGGGUACUAACUCAGUUGCUAUUGCUCCUUCAGAGCCAGUGCAGUGGUAGGACAAAAACAAAAGCAAGAAUGCUAUUGAAGCUUCUUAGAUCAAAGUGGGUUGAGGAUACAAAGCAUUUGUAGGUUCAUGGUUUCUCUGUGGGUCUAUUGAACUUCCCUGUAACAUGGGUUCUGUAUGAAGGAGUCGUGUGUUCUUAGAUUUGUUUUCAAGAAACCAAAUUCGUAUGAACUGUACAGUUCCAAUAUUAUCGGCACCUAA